AUGUCUUGCGCACCUUGUCCCAAAAGGGCACGUUACACCGCGCCGCCGCCGUCCUUGUCCUCUUGCCGUUGGGCGGCUUGGGCCCACGACUCUCCAAUUUCGGAUCCAGGCGAAAUUACUCCGGCAUAUGUCCCGACCCAAACCCAAUCUGUCGAUUCGCCGCCGGAAAGGAUCACCGUCGAUAGCAUCGACGAGGAAUUUACGAUAUUGAAUAAGGUGGGCGAGGGGACUUAUGGCGUCGUCUACAGAGCCCGCCGCCGAUCGACCGGCCAGAUAGUGGCCCUCAAAAAGGUGAAGACCUCCACAGCCACAGCCGACGACUCGGAGGUCGAAAUCCUCUCGUCUCUAAACCCUCACCCCUCGAUCAUCCGUCUCGAGCAGGCGGCUGUCUCGGCCCGCGGGGCCGUCUUCACAGUGAUGGAGUACGUGGAGCACGAGAUCCGAGCCCUACUCGCCGGCACCAUGAGGCAACCCUUCAGCCAGAGCGAGGCCAAGUGCCUUAUGCUCCAGAUCCUGCUCGGCUUAAACCACCUCCACCAAAACCGCGUCUUCCACAGGGACCUCAAGACCUCCAACCUCCUCUACAACAAUCGAGGCGAGCUCAAAAUAUGCGACUUCGGGCUGGCCUGUCGGGCCCACGGCCCGGUCCCCCACACUCAACCGGUGGUCACAUUGUGGUACAGGGCACCCGAGCUCCUGCUCGGAGCCCGAAGCUACUCCACGGCCAUCGACAUGUGGUCCGCGGGUUGCAUCAUGGCCGAGCUGCUUUUGGGGAAACCGCUGUUUGAAGGGAAUACGGAGAUUGAUCAGCUGGCCAAGAUUUACAGUGUGUUGGGAACUCCGGACAAUAGGAUUUGGCCGGGCUUUUCGGAGCUGCCGGGCAAUGGGCCCAAUAAGGUGAGGUUUAUUGUGGGGCGGAGGCAGAAUAACUCGUUGAGGCAGCUGUUUCCGAAGAUGUCGUUUAUCGGGUCGCCAACGCUUUCGGAUGCUGGGCUCGACUUGCUUAAAGGGCUCUUAACGUACGACCCAAAGAGACGGAUGAAGGCAGGGGAGGCUCUGGCCCACCGCUGGUUUCGAGAGGUACCUCUACCCAAGGAUAAGGACUUUAUGCCAACUUUUCCUCCUAAGCAUUGUCUUAAAGUCUUUAGGACAAAUGAGAAGGAACUUGUCAUGGAACUCACAAUACAAUGGGCUGGCAAUCCAAACAUUGUUGUUGCAGUGACUAUUUCGCCUGUACAAGUCACUGUCCAGUUAUUUGAUGUUCAAGUAUUUGCUGCACCUCGGAUAAGUUUGAAACUACUUGUCCCUACCAUUCCGUGUUUUGCAAAUAUAAUUGUAUCAUUGAUGGAGAAGGAAAAGAGUGUUCUUCUAGCCGGGGCACUUUUUCUAUGUCCCCUUAACCUCAUCAACUACGCGCGCAAGGAGAUGUCGUGGUCGAGACGGCUGGAGCUGGAGCGGAGGAUCACACUCCUUUCCGGAGACUCAGCAAGCUUCGAGGCGAGUGGACAAGUAGAAGACGCGGCUCAAAACCGUUCAUCCGCCCCCGUAGGCUGUGCAGAUAAAGCAGCUAUCAAAGCUAUGCUUGUCAAUCAAGUAGCUCGGCUUCACUGCGAGUCUGGCUGUGCGUGCAUCUUCGGCCGAGACAUCGUCGGAGUUCAUCAGCCACAUUUUGAAUUUGUGAGGAGGCCGCGAGGCUUGAAAAUCGACAAGCUACUUCCUGGAGGUCCUUUGGUUGCAGGUGAGGAUGGAAAAGGCGUAUAUUGCCCCGUCAUCUCCAUAUUUGGUGUUGAAUCGUCGAUCCGCGGGCUGCAUGAUGAUGUGGAAGAAUCUCGCGGGGAGCUGAGAGGGGUCGGUAGUCGAGCGCCGAUUGACUGGGAAUAA